GCCAAGUUUUCUUUUUCCCUCCUAUUGCGUAUUCGACGUAUAAGUAUAUUUUCGGCGUUCGAAUUUCACGGAGACUUCGUGUUGUUCAUCAGUGUUUACUAACUACUUGAAGGUUCUUAGCCAUAAUUGUUUAUUUCAAGAAAUUUACAAUGCGUAAAGUAUCAAAAAGCCGUGCGGACGACGAUGGCAUUUCAUCUGCCAACGGGUCGGUGAUAAAUGAUGAUCGGUCUGAUACACAACUCUCUGAUGAAAAUGAUAAACUUAACGAGUCUGACGCUGAACCCAGUCGAGAUUCCGAAGAAAAAGAAGCUGGGAAAAAGGGAAAGUCUGCUAAGAGCAAAGGCAAGAAAAGAAAAUCUGAGAAAGAGGACAAUGACGCCGAAGAAGAAUACGAGGUGGAUAAAGUGGUAGACUCUAAGAAGAUCAAAGGGAAAUUGCAUUAUCUUAUUCGCUGGAAGGGUUAUUCUGCUGACAGUGACACUUGGGAACCUGAAAAUACUCUUUCUUGCCCCGAGCUCAUCAGCAAAUAUCAUGAGGAAAAAGGCAAUUCAACAAAGAAAAAAGAAUCAUCUCCAAAGAAAGGAAAGAAGAGAGGAGCUAAAAAAGAAAAAUCAAGCCCUAAGAAGGCUAAAAGAGCCAAAACUGAGUGGGACGGUGAGAAUGCUGAUGAAAACGCUGAAUAUGAGGUUGAUCGUAUCUUAGAGGUUCACCAUGGCAAAAAUGGAAAACGAGAGUUCCUGAUCCAUUGGAAAGGAUGGUCUAACAAAUUUGAUUCUUGGGAGCCCGAAAGCAAUCUCAACUGCACGGACUUGAUCAAGAAAUUUAUGGAAAAGGUGGAAGCAGCCAAAUCGUCGGAUACUCGCAGUUUAAGAGUAGCACCCGGCACUACCAACCGAUUUACCUUACAAGCUCCUUCUUCAGGCCGCAGGCUCAGCAAGAGGCGUGGUCAGAAGCAGAGAGUUCGCUACGACGACGCGGAAUAAUGUCAAGUUUAUUACCUCCCAUAAGACGAAAGCAGUAGGAGCUCCUUGUUUGUGGAAUGUUUGUAAGCGGAAUAUGUCCGUAUUUUAUUAUUAUUUUUUUAUCCAUUUUGGGCCGCACAC